CAGCCGCCACAGCAGCGCACCUGCGGCUUUAAGUGAACCAAACGGUGGAAUACAAAAAAAAAAGCCCCGAAUAAAAAAACAAACAGAACACACACACACACACACACACACACACACAAAAAAAGAGUUGAGUAUCUCAACAAGCAUAGAGGCAACAAAUACUAAAGUUUCGACCCGUUUCAACAACGAGAAGACCGCAAAAACAGACGGGGGCAGACACAAUAAAAGUCGGCCAGCGGCCAAAAACGCGCUCAUUGCGUGUGCGCUGUUUUCGCAACGUGCAACGGAAAAUUAGCCAUCCACCUAGCCAGGCAGUCAGCUAGGCAGUCAGCCAGUGUUGGAGAGUGUGUGGGCAUACCACAUAGAGAGAGAUACAAGAUACGGAAUACGGAAUACGAAAUACCAGAGAUACGACGAGACAUGGCCAGGAUGAGGAUGCGUGUCGCAUUUGUUGGAUUAAUUGUGUGCUGGCUGGCAGUUUGUCAACCGCAAGCGGAGGCGCAGUUCGCGGGAUUCGGCUUCCAGCCACAGCCACAGCAGCAGUUCUACCAGCAGCAGCCACAGCCACAGCAGCAGUUCUACCAGCAGCAGCCGCGCCAGCGUCAGGGAUCCGUGUCCAAGGCCAAUACGAACGCCUAUGAGCGGCAGGUGGACUUCGGCAACAAUGUGGAGUACACCCAGGGACUGGCGAAUUCGCGCGCUGUCACCAGGCAGAACGGUCAGCGCACGGUGACCAACAGCCAGGCCCAGAACCGCGACGUGGACAUCGGGGGCCUGCAGCUGGGCAACACCUUGACCCGCACCAAGACCAAUGCCAAUGGCGCCGUCUCCCAGGGCAUUUCCGAUCAGUUCAGAAUCGGCAACCUGGGCCUGGGCGCCUCGCUGUCGCCCACGAACCUGCAGCAGGGGCUGGGACUGCAGCGCGGCGCGGACGGGGACCUGCGUCUGGGCCUCGGAGUGCUCAGCCUGGAUCUGGAUCGCAAUGUGGCCAACUCGAACACGCUGUCGCAGGCCCAGGUGAAUGCCCAGGGCAAGGGGGCGCGCGUCAAAUCGAACAGCAACGCCCAGACGAACACCCAGCAAUACGGCGGCGUCACCGUCACCGACACCCGCGCCAAUUCGAAUGCCGUGGGCAAGGCCCGCCGCGGCCAGACCUCGGCCAACACGGGCGGCUUUGGCCAGACCUUCGGCGGUCCCUUCCAGCGGCGUGUGGUGCGACAGCCCCAGCCCCAGCCCCAGCAGGCGGCUGUGAGGCGGCCCAAGCGGCGGGCCCAGUUCGUGCCCUUCGGCUACCCUGGCGGCGGUUUCGGUGGCCCCGGCUUUGGCUUCGAUCGUCCGCGUCGUCAGUUUGGCGGUGGCUUUGGCGGUGGCUUUGGAGGACCGCAGUUCGGUGGACCGCAGUUCGGCGGACCGCAGUUCGGCGGCGGCGGUGGCUACGAGAACUUUGGCCAGGAACGGGAACAGCAGCAGAAUCGCAAGAAGAAUAAGAACCAGGCUCAUGGCAAUGCCAAUGCCCAGGGCGGACCCGGCUUCAAUCAGCAGGCGUCGACGAACAACCAUGCCAGCAACGGGAACACGGGCUCCAGCAGCAUCAGCUCGAACCUGGCCCAGGACGGCAGCAGCGGGCAGGUGAGCUCGGCGAACACCAACCAGAUGAACACCCAGACAGCCAAUGGCUACGACAACACGCAGGGCUCGCAGAGCCAGGCGCUCAACUUCAAGCCCGGGGAGCAGCAGGCGUCCAGCGCCAAUGCCAACACGCAGCACACGCAGCAGGGCAACCGGGAGACGGUCGGCUCCAACAGCGGCUCAACGGCGACGAACAACAACCAGUUCGGCUCCUCCACGAACACGGCCAACACCAACAGCCAGGUGGUGCGCGAGGGCAACAGGCAGGACGCGACCAGCGACGCCAGCAGCCAGUCCAUCUUCCAGGGCAAUGGCGGCCAGGGCAAUGCCGCCGCCAACACGAAUGCCCAGACGAGCUCCCAGACGGGUCCCAACGGCUACGUGAGCAACUCGGCCUCCAGCAGCGCCUCGGCCACCAGCCAGAACGGGCAGUCGGCCAAUGCCAAUGCCAAUGCGAGUGCCGGCGGCGCCGGCGGUGGCAACGGUGCGAGUGCGGGCGCCCAAGGCGGUGGCUUCAACGGCUUCGGCGGCGGCGGCGGCGGCGGUGCCAAUGCCAACAGCAACGCCUUCGGCGGCUUUGGCUUCUUUGGCCGUUAGUUCCCCGAUGAUCCCUCCAUGCAGGGAGUUUUAAGUUCAUUUUUGCAACAUUUAUUUGUGUUGUAUUUUUUUUGUAUUUUUUUUUUUUUGUCUUUGUUUGCCCGCACCCCGCACUGUCACUCACUCAAGGCACCUCUGGAAUAAAACUGCAUUUCCUAAUUUUAAA